CUCUUGUUGAAAUGAAAAGUGGAAUAAUUUCUCAAGCGGCAACUGUAGAAAUUCAAUAAAAAUUUACAGCGAACUUCAAAAUAGAAAUCAUAUUGCACUAAAAAUCAAGAGAAAAUUGAAACACAGUAAUACUUACACACUUCGCUCAGCGUUUCCGAGGGAUAAUAGCAACAAUUUAGUCACUUCGCCAUUUUUACUGCGUGCAGAGUUAGCUCAGUCAGCCAUUGUGUCUUGUCCGUGGUUACGUGGAAACUUCGAUAUUUACAUGAGAAAUGCCACGAGGAAGAGGACGAGGUACUGGCAAACGUGGACGUCCACGUACAUCUGAGCCUGCUGUGUCGUCUCCAGCUACAGACGAUGAGCCAAAGCCUAAGAAGCGCCGCGCAGGCCGACCACCUCGUGUCGAUGAUGCUGAUAACCUACCUGCUAAAGUUGAGCUGGAUGAUGAACCCAGUGAGGAUUUUCAAGAGGAAGAAAAUGGACCGGCAAAACCACGACUCUCCAAACGCGGACGAGGUGGCAGGAGGACAUCAGGCCGUCCUCGCAAGUCUCAGCUGCCUCCUCUCUCAGAUGACGAUUAUGAGGAGGAAGAGGAGGAGGAGGUAGAGGUGCAAGAAGCUGGGGAGAGCAGCGUCACGGUGCCUGUACUGGAAGAAGAGCAGGCUUGUGGCCUGCAUAUGUCUACUGUUCAGGUAAAGGCUCUCUCACAUUUAGUGGCGUGUAAAGACUGCGGCGAAAGCGUCUCGAUCUCCGUCCGUCCCACAACCAAAGGUAUGAUCUCCGAGUUCGUCGUGACGUGCACCGUUUGCGAGUCCAAGAAAGUCACAAUCACACCCAACCUCGUAAGAGAGCGCAAACGCAAGAGGGAAGUCAAGAACCUUGUGCUGCAGAAAACAGAGAACAUAAACUAUGCACACGUGGCCGCCUUCCUUGACAAUGGAUUGGGUUACAGCGGCCUCCGCCAUUACUGUAAAUACUUCAAUGCCAGGUGCCUCAAUGAAGCUACGUUUAUUGUGUAUGCUCGGCAAGUCAUCCAAGAUGUUGUGAAUGACACAGAAGACAACUUGCAAUCGAAUGCUCGCAUUGUACGAAGAGUGUACGAUGCAGGCGUUGAUGAGAUUCUUGACAUCACGGUCUCGUUCACCACAACCUACCAUCAAUGGGGCAGUGAUUUCUGCCUCGUUGCUGGCGCUGUUAUUGAACUGCAGACCGGCCUUGUGCUGGACUACGAUGUUGCAAACAUGUAUUGCCACGUGUGCAAGAUUAAUGCCAAGAGAAUCAUAUCGAUGACCCCAACAGAAAUGACCGAAUGGUUCAAUAAACAUCAGAGCUCCUGUGAGAUUCGUGAGUGGUGUGAUGAGUUGGAUCACGACGCCGAGGAAGGAGUGAAGGAUAUCGAGCCCAAGUACUUGGAGUGUUUCGUAGCCAAGAAGAUCUGGUCAAGAUCAGUUGAGAAGUUCGGGUUCCGGUACUCGACGCUGAUCCAUGAAAGUGAUGAAAAUAUACACUCGGAGCUGUUGAGAGCCGCGCCGUACGGAGACACUCUGGUUGUCAUUGACCAUCUCACCAACUGCUUCAGUCGUCGGAAGAGCGAGCAUGCACGUACUGCAUUCCAGAAUAAACUGAAAUCUAAAUGUCCUCGCGAACGCGUCCAGACCAAAGACAGAAUCAUGUAUGUGUAUGCUAUGUCCAUACCCGAGUAUAACAGGUUCGCUGUUGGGUCUAACAUAAAGCUCAGGGAACUGGUGAGGAAAAUGGAGAUGGAGGAGGCCGAGACUGAAGGUUUUACCCUGCAAGUCUUGGACACUCUUCCCACCAUCCAAGCCCACGAAGUGAUACCUGCAGACGACGAGCAGUCGGAGGUAAUAUAUACACAAGUGACGGGUGACGAACAUGGCGGGGAAAUGUACACGAUCGAAGCCGAUGUUGCUGACCAACCUGAGGAAGAGGAAGAUGAUCCGGAAGAAGAGAUGCAAGACGAGAUUCAGAAUGAAGACGAGGAUACUGAUGCCAGUUUGAAUUCGCCUGCUCCUUUGGCCGCAAAAAAAGCUCCACAUGAAAUCAAGUGCGAGGUUGAAUCUGAAGCUGAGAUUGCGUCACCGUCGAAAGAAAUUAUCGAAGCCCAGCAUGAAGAAGACAGUUAUAAAAACACUGAAUCCACCAAAACCAAGAAAUCUGAUUCUUCAAGCUUAAAGGGUGUUGCUGUGGCCGUAUCCGAAAAAAGUCAGAGCAGUGACAGGUCCAAAAGUUCAGUAAAUGUCUCUGGUGCUAGGACUGUAGUGAUUUCAAGCACCUCAGCUAGCAAGAGUGGCGCACCCACACAGAUAAUUGUUCUGCCAGCAGGUAGCACGGCUCUGGUCAAAGCGACGACCACAGGCAACGAAACUGCCGUCGUCAGCAAAGACAUAAAAAUAGCAUCAACAAGUGGGAGCAAAUCAUCAAAUGCGGAUAUUGUCAAAAAAGUUGCCAAUGGAACCGAAGCAGAAACGCGCAAGGAAGUGACUGCUAAAACGAUUCCUGAGUAGUGAAUUUGCAUUCCUCUUCAUAUUCCGAUUAGUGAUCAGAUCAAUGAUAAUGACGAGUUUAACUUUCGAUAACUAAGUAUUAUAUUUCAAUAUGCUGUGUGUAAUUGCUUGUUUAACUCAACGAAAUGAUUAGCUGGCGGUCAUUUUAAUUAUUAUAAAGGUUUUCUACGACUUGUGAUGGUUAAAAUCAUUCUAUAAUAACAUUUAUGGGCGAACAUUCAAAUUUCACGGUUCGCUUCUUCUUGCGGAUACUGGAAUAUUUUGUACCGGCGUGCCAGUGAUAUUCUUUUUAUGCUUGUAUUACGUUGAGAAAUGCCAGUGCGUUGUCUACAAUCACUUAUUAUUAUAAGUUCAUUGCCAAGCGCAAACCUCUGAUUACAAUCAUUAAAUAAUUUUCAUGUGGUUGGAAGUGCCCUCCAGGUAAUUUCUACCAAGAAUGGUUGAGUUCGUUCGAGCGUCAAAGCGAACUUUAUGACUACUGAGUUUUUAUUAUAUUGUACGGUGUCUGAGGGUUGAUCAAUUUAUUAUGUUGGUAUAAAGGAAAUUUGUACAGACAUCUUCAAUAACGCAUAUUAGUUUUUUACUGUAUAAUGAAUGUUGACGAGGUGG